AUGGAAAAAGCAACCACAAGCAAAGACCACACAGCCAAACCAAAGUUCAGACUAUUGCAUUUGAAAUCUGGAACUGGAAACCAACAACUUUGUGCAACGAUCCGUGUCGAGCCCAUGGAUAGUGCAGCCGCCAACGGUUACACCUGCUUGUCCUAUGUCUGGGGUACGGAAAUUUCCACAGAGCGCAUCAAAGUUGAUGAUAGCGAAGUUUCUAUCCAUGCGAGCUUACUUACUUGUCUUCGGCACGUCAGAAACCCGCACCACCCGUUGGUUCUUUGGAUUGAUGCUCUAUGCGUAGACCAAAAUGAUCCGGAUGAGAUAGCUAGUCAAUUAGCAAACCUAGGAGAAAUAUAUUCGAGAUGCUCACUUGCUUACAUAUGGCUUGGAGCGCCACCCAAUCACAUUCCUACCAUAGGGGAUCCGUUUCAAUUGAUUCGACACUUUUCAGAUAACAAGCACUAUCAUGAGUUAGCUGGGUACUACAAAGCAAACUCUGGACAGAUUUGUUUUGAAGAGAACAGUGAAUUCAACGAUCUCUGGGAUAAGUUUCUGCUAGUAGCCAAUAGCACCUGGUUCACACGAGUAUGGACUGUUCAAGAGGCGGUUUUGUCUCCCGAUCCUGUUUUGUGCUAUGGGAAUUGGCGGUCGACUCUUGAAACGUUGAUCUCGGCUCAAAGAAACCGCAAAUGUCAUACUUUCAAUGAAACACAAUGCUGCAAGAAUAGUCUCGGGGCUUUUCCCAGAUUAAAAACCUUAGCUCUCGACCAAUUUUUCUUGCAGAUUGAAUUGAUUGAGAGGUUUAGGCAAGAUUGUUCGUUGCAAGAUCACUCUCUCUAUUGUCAGGAUACGAUACGGGCGUUUCCAGAAUUAAUACACCGCCCUUUCUAUGAAAUUGUUCUGACAUUCUCAAAUCGAGUUUGUAUGGAGCCGCGGGAUAGAAUAUUCUCGGUUCUUGCUAUGGCUCAGUCGUUGAUCAUGAAAUCGUAUCGGCCCAACUACAGCGCCAGAUGGAUCGAUUUAUAUACAGAAGUGUUCAAACUGAUGCUGCAAGAGACUGGUAAUGAUUAUCGAUGCAUGAUAGGACCUGCGUUUGGUUCGGAUCAUUCAAACCUCCCUUCAUGGGUUCCUGAUUUUUCAGUUACCAUACCGCUCGUGGAGGUCGAAGCCGUGAUUCGAAGAAUCUCAUCAUCCACGCUGUGUGAGGCAUCUGGUAAAAAAUUCGGAGUAAUUCAAAUUCACGGACCGGAACUCUCAAUAUCAGGACAGUGGGUAGACACAAUUUCGACCGUAGGUUCCUUAUUGCCGACUGUUAAUAUUCCGGCGGAGGCGCUGAAGGAUAUAUUAUUGAAUUGGAAAAGUUUAUGCGAAAAAAUAGUAGGAAUUUGUAGAGAGACUUCUGUUCGUGUGGCUCUAUCCCGUGUCAUAUGUGCUUCGAAGAUAGCUGACGGAGUGUCUCUGCAUGGACGUCACCAUGGAUGGAGACAAAUCAAGACAAACGAUCUUCCUAGUGUGGAAGAAUGGAGCCAAUUCUUGGGCGGAGAUGUGUGGAAUUUGCAAGAAGAAUACAGAGGGGCAUUUGAGAUAGCCAGCACGGGCCGUUGUUUCUACAUCACGAAAAACGGAAAGAUGGGCCUUUGUUACCCACAGGUAAAGGCUGGCGAUCAGGUCUGGGUCUUGAAAAAUUCCAACUCGCCGUUCGUAUUGAGAAAAGUUGACAGUGAAAGUAGCAAUGCUCAGCUGUAUAGGUUUAUUGGGGAUUGUUAUCUUGACGGAACUAUAGAUGAAGAGGUUGUUAGAGCGACGAAGGAAGGAAGCUGUAUCACUCUAGUUUGA